CGUCGCCGGACGGAGGCGGGCUGGGCAUUGCAGACACAGGAGGCUCGGCGCGCUGCUGAGGGCCGGGGAGGAGGCGAAGAGGCGAGGGCGGGUGCCCCGCCGGUCUGCAAGAGGGCAACACCAUGCCGCGUCCCCUGCUCUUGUUGCUGCUGCUUCUCGGAGCCCCCGGGCUGGGCAUGGGAGACCGGAGUAGCAGCGCCCUGGAGGAGAUCGCCACCGAGAAGGAGGCGGAGGAGAGCCACCGGCAGGACAGCGUGAGCCUCCUGACGUUCAUCUUGCUGCUCACCCUCACCAUCCUCACCAUCUGGCUCUUCAAGCACCGCCGGGUCCGCUUCCUCCACGAGACCGGCCUGGCCAUGAUCUAUGGGCUGAUUGUUGGAGUCAUCUUGAGGUAUGGCGCCCCUUCCGUCAGUGGCCAAGAUAAGGCAUUCAGCUGCUCCCAGCAGAAUCGAGCCUUUACAACCCUGUUGGUCAACAUCAGUGGAAAAUAUUUUGAAUAUACACUGAAAGGAGAAAUAAGCCCUGGGAAAAUACACAAUGUGGAACAGAAUGACAUGCUGAGGAAAGUAACUUUUGACCCAGAAGUGUUCUUCAACAUUCUCCUGCCUCCUAUUAUUUUUCAUGCUGGUUAUAGUUUGAAAAAGAGACACUUCUUCAGAAAUCUGGGGUCUAUUCUGGCUUAUGCCUUCUUUGGAACUGCAGUCUCUUGUUUCAUUAUUGGGAAUCUUAUGUAUGGUGUUGUGAAACUAAUGAAGCUGGUGGGGCAGCUGUCUGAUAAAUUCUACUACACAGAUUGUCUUCUCUUUGGAGCUAUUAUAUCUGCUACUGAUCCAGUCACCGUACUGGCAAUUUUUAACGAACUGCACGCUGAUGUUGAUCUGUAUGCACUGCUGUUUGGAGAGAGUGUUCUAAAUGAUGCUGUUGCCAUUGUUCUGUCUUCAUCCAUUGUAGCCUAUCAGCCCACAGGGGGGAACGUCCAUGCUUUUGAUGCAGCAGCCUUUUUCAAAUCUGUCGGAGUCUUCCUUGGAAUUUUCAGUGGCUCUUUCAUGAUGGGAGCAGUGACGGGGGUUGUGACAGCCCUGGUAACAAAGUUUACAAAGCUGCACUGCUUCCCCUUGCUGGAGACGGCACUCUUUUUCCUGAUGUCCUGGAGCACCUUCUUGUUGGCUGAAGCUUGUGGGUUUACAGGUGUGGUAGCUGUUCUGUUCUGUGGAAUUACGCAGGCUCAUUACACAUACAACAAUUUAUCAGUUGAGUCAAGAAGCCGAACCAAGCAGCUCUUUGAAGUACUCCACUUCCUGGCUGAGAAUUUCAUAUUUUCUUAUAUGGGUUUAGCCCUGUUUACUUUCCAGAAGCACAUAUUCAGCCCCAUUUUCAUCAUUGGAGCUUUUAUAGCAAUUUUCCUUGGGAGAGCUGCACACAUCUACCCACUCUCUUUCUUCCUGAAUUUGGGCAGAAGGCACAAGAUCAGAUGGAAUUUUCAGCACAUGAUGAUGUUUGCAGGUCUUAGAGGAGCCAUGGCCUUUGCUCUAGCCAUCCGAGACACCGCAACUUAUGCUCAUCAGAUGAUGUUCACCACCACCCUUCUGAUUGUCUUCUUUACUGUUUGGGUAAUUGGCGGUGGCACAACACCCAUGCUGUCCUGGCUGAAUAUAAGAGUUGGCGACCAUGUUCCAUCGGUGGAAGAGAUGAAUGAAAGCCGCUGGCUGUACUUCAGAGUUGGCGUUGACCCAGAUCAAGACCCACCACCCAGCAACGACAGCUUUCAAGUCUUACAAGGAGAUGGUCCAGAUCUUGAUAGAAGGAACAGGACAAAGCAGGAAAGUGCUUGGAUCUUCAGGCUAUGGUAUAGCUUUGACCACAAUUACUUGAAGCCCACCCUUACCCACAGUGGCCCUCCCCUGACGACAACUCUUCCAAGCUGGUGUGGAUUGAUAGCGCGCUGCUUGACUAGUCCCCAGGUUUACGAGAAUCAUGAACAGCUUAAAGAUGAAGACUCUGAUUUUAUUCUUAAUGACAGUGACCUGACUUUGACAUAUGCGGACACUACAAUAACUGCUAAUGGAUCCUCUGGCUCACACACUGCUACUACUAGUCUUGAUGGCAGGAAGACAAAAAGUAGCUCAGAGGAGGCUCUAGAACGUGAUUUGGGAACAGAAGCACCUGAGCUGAUGAGCAGAGGGACUCAGCUAGUAUUUCCACUGGAUGCAUGACGAUCUGCUCAGUCAAAAGACAGCAAUAUGCCCAAGGAUCCAAGAUGGCUGCUGGUCUCAAUGUCAGUGGAGGUGCUUAGCAAGCUCAAUUAAUGUCUCUCGUACAAGUGGUUUAUUAAGGUCUGAAGAAGGCAACCUUGACCCUCUCUCUUUUAACUUAAUAUAAGAUGCUGGCAUUGUCUAAACCAGAUGAGUGAAAAAUUGGGUCAGUCUUUCUUUAAAAAAAUGCAUACUUGAAAUUUAAAGCAGCAUGCUAUAAUCAUCUCAUUUUGCUGCAGCACUAGUCUGACAAGAGAUGUCAGCCUAUUAACUGUAAGGACAGGCCAGUAGCAAAAGUGUUUGGCCUGGAAAGCACAGGAGAGGAUGCUGGUGUCUGUUAUGAAUGGGAAGUGCAAUGUUUGAGUUAUACUUGAAAAAAGGUAGGAACAAAAGAUGACGAUUAUACAAUGCAAAAUAUUAACAUAAGAAUCAUUGUUCUGAAAUGUUACUGAAAAAAACAAAGCUCCAUUUCAUUUCAGGGGAAAAUUUUAAAGCCCUUGCUAGUAUCUGUCUCAAUGGAGAAGUGUUGUCUCUUCUAAUAACCUGGAAAAUGUACUGACGGUUAUGAGAUCAAUGGUUGCAUCACAAGCUGAUGGUUCUGUUAAGAGAUCCAUGGCUGCAUCACAAGGAAGUACAUUUAUUUGCCAUCCAAAACGUGUAUUUCCUGCCUUGUGCCCUUAAUACAUGAGGUUCUCUUGCUAAAGUCAAAGAAUUCUUUGGUGGAAGGAAUAACUAGUGACCAUGUGACAACUGUACAGUGAUCUUCCUCUUCACAAGUGGAAGUGUUUAAUACUGUGAAGACAAAGUAUUGAAUGCAAUGCAAGUGCUUAUUCAAGAUUCAUGGCAUCUGGCUCAAGUUCCUCUGGCGUUUCUGGAUUUAAACUGUGUCUUUAAUCAAGGAAGGGUGUGGCAACUCAAACGUUUCUCUCUACAUGAUGCUUAUAUCAGAGCAAAAACAAAGUGCUUUUGUUUCUCUGGAAACCAUGUGGGUGUGUUAGCGGCAUGUUGCACUGUUAUCCAGAUAUUUUAAAAUGGGGCUGUGCCUUUUUCCUGUAAUAAUAGAAAAUAAUAUCAUGUUGUAAUGUGAAAAGAAAAUACUUUAUAUAGGAUAAAAAAAUGAAUGACCUCAGCGAUUCAGUUAGAUCUCCUCCACUUCCCUGCACAGGAGCUCAGCUACCAAAAGCAGGAUUCAGUGUAAUGUUUUGACUGUAAUGGGUAGGGUUUUUCUUAAACCAAUUACCUUGUAAGUUAAUUGUGACAAAUAUGCUUAGGGAGACUUUAAAAAAAUCCAUCUUUUUCUCCCUACCACCAUGAAAACAAACUUUUACUUGCCAUUUUAUCUUAGUCUGUUUUGUGAAGCAUAAAUGAAAUUUGAA